AUGGCGAGGAGAUACGAUUUCGACUACAAUUUCGAUCCAGAGGGCACCUCUUUGGUGCAACCAGACCCGUAUACAGACCCAGGCAGUCCCCAGGAGCCUGUACGACAGAAAUCACCUCCCAGGAGAUCCCCUACACCACCGCCGCCGCCAAUCCAACCACGAGAACCUUCAAAGGAAUACCUCUCAAUAUCAGCAGAGCCAAGCUCGAAACUUGAGACUCCAAGCUCCCAACGGAAACUGCUCAUACUGGACUUGAACGGUACCUUGGUAUAUCGAAGCCCACACCAGCGAAGAAGUGUUUAUCAACAGCCGCAUCACGUCCCCAGACCUUUACGCUCGGUGCACCCACGUCCAUAUCUCUCAUCUUUCAAGGAAUACCUAUUCCAUCCCAGGGUUACAGAAUGGCUGGACACGAUGGUCUGGAGUUCUGCGCAGCCUCAUAGUGUCGACGACAUGGUGGGCAAGACGUUUGGCAGCAAGGACGGGCUGAAGGCGGUUUGGGCGAGGGAUACACUGGGCCUGACGCCCGAGCAAUACUUCAGAAAAACGCAGACGACGAAGGAUUUGGAGAAGCCUUGGGCAGCGCUGGGUCACUCGGCAAGAACGACAUUUCUACUCGACGAUUCUCCUCUGAAAGCGCACUUGCAACCGUGGAACCACCUCUGUAUACGCGAAUACGUGGCGGAGAUGCGUCAGACAGAUGUCAAGGUUCGCGAUGCUGAGAUUUUGCGGGAACAGAAGGAGCAGUCCCAGACGACUCCUCCCGUCGAAGAAGAGGGAGAAGAGGAGGAUUCAAGGAAACGAAAGAGGAAGGCAAAGAAGGAGAGGAAGAAGGCGGAGAGACUCGCGUCGGCUAAAGCGGAGGCGCUGGAUCCAAUGGACGCAGGCGGCCGUCCAUUGGAAUACGACCAGACGCUGCUGGCAAUCAUCGGCGUCCUCGAUACCAUCAAGAAUGAAGACAACGUCGCAGGCUGGAUGCGAAAUGGCGGCCUCGUCAGGUCAGGCCACUAUCCCCGCCCAUCCCCAGGACCAAGUCAGCUUACCAAGAGACGCAGGGUAUCGGAUGAAUCGCGCAGUUCUCUCGAGGAGCCUCCACCAUCCCCGCCACCCUCUUCGGAUGAUCAGCCGCCAGUUCACGAUGUCUCUGGCGAGGUGAAGCCACCGGAAGCAGCCACGAAUGUACCGCUCGACGUGAACUUAUGGUUCGAGAACCGUGAUGCUUUCGCUUAUUGGACUGAUCGAGGACGACGUGCUCUGGAGGACCUUGGGAUCGAACUCAAACCCGGCGUGGUGGGGAGCAAUGGCUGA